CGCUCAUGAUUGCCCGCCGCGUCCUCCGCACCAGCAUCUCACAAGCACGACGCUCGAUGUCCUCGGGUGCCGGCCCUGCACCGCAUUCUGGAGGCAACGACAACUCUUCGUUCUUCCAAUUGUUGGCCAUGGCAGGAGUAAUCGGAGUGUCCGUGUACAUCUACCAAGACCCGGACGUAUUGCCCGAACCGAUCCGCAAGUUCUUGCCCAUCAAAGGGGUCGAAGGCAAGAACAUGACGUUAGAAGAAUAUGAAGUAUGGCGCGCGAGCCAAUCCGUCCCCAGCGGCGCCCCCGCCAUCACAGGCCAAAAGCCGAAGGAAAUUGUUGCCGUCGUGGCGACGACCGAGCCCGAAAUCGAUCCCACGGAGGUCGUGUCUCCGCAUGCCACGACCAAGGACACCGUGGAAUCCCUCACUCAAGCGCUGGAGCUAGCCCGCGCCAACGAAAGCACGUUCCUCGCGGAACUCAAGGCCACCCGAGCGCCGCUCUCAGACGACGACAAGGACUUGUUGCAAGCAUUCCGCAACGAAAAGGCGCGCAUCAAAAAGCAGCUCAAGGCGCUGUCGGUCUAGCCACCUCCUUAUAUUCCACAUAUACACAUACCAUUCAGGUCGUGUCGGCGCAACUCGACGCUUCAACGUAGCAACGAGGCGAACCAACACAGCAACUUUGCCCAGAACGAACGAUAUACUGUCUGAACGUCAUCUAUCCGUGAAGUGCAUUGCAUGAUCAAGAUGGGGGGCUACAUAGUUACUGAUCUACCGAAUGGUCAACGUGAUCGUGUCUGGAAUUGCACAGCAACGACCUGCAUUCCAUCUAGUAUUACUAUAUCGCAUUAGCGUAGUCUACAUAUGUACUAGUACACCACGAUGGAUCAAAGUUGCCAUAAUUCCAUAGUGCAAUGUCGGCCUCCCAUGCACUUGCGCUUGUGUAGUAUGGACUCUACUUCUGUGAACCUUUGAGGCCAAGGUACUCUAGCUUGCUUUCGAAGUGCUGUCACAAGGGAAACAUGACGUCGGUCCGCAGCACGUACUUUUCGCCGCCGUCCACGCGCGCGCCUUCGUGCUCGAGGCAGUGGUCGCCAUGGCCGUGCAUGAGCACCAUGCCUGUCUCGGGCAUCACGUCCAACGCGCAUUCCUUGGGUUCCUUCUUCGACUUCUUGGAGGCUCGGCGGCUCGACGUGCUCACGUAGAACCGGGUGGCGCCGCCGACAAGCCCCGAGUCCGCCGCGUCGUUCAAGUACACGAGCAGCGUGUAUCGACUCUCGGUGGACGUGGGUUCGUCCACGACGCUCUCGUCUACAUGGCAUCCGAACGCCUGGCCGGUGCGGUAUCGAUAGAACUUGAUCGCGGGGUUGCACCCCACUGCCUUGUCGAGCGACGGUGGAAGCAACGGACGAAGGCGCUCCCACAAUUGCGACGCCAAGGCCGGGGAACGAAGUAGGAGUCGGUCGUUGUCUCGGAACGCGUACUCUGACGUCUGCGGAUGAAAGACGUGUGCGAACCCAAUGCGCUUGGCGAGAGCGAUGGCGUCUUGACACUCGGAUUUGGUCAUGAAGUGCCGGAGGCGCUGGAUCGACCCGUCGUAGAGGUUGUCCAACGAUGGCUGGCGAGCGUACACUGGGAUGUGAGUUUCAAGGAACGACGCAGCAUGCUGCACGGCAGGACUCGUCUCAAGGAGGUAUGUGAAGGCCGAUCCUGCUGCCGAUGUCGGCGGGACGUACGGCGUCGACUUGGACUUGCGUGUCUUCGACAUGACUGAACGAACG